AUGAACAACCUUCCACCGACACCUGCGCAGUGGCAGGAGGCGCGUGCUCCUGAUGGCCGUACCUACUACUACAAUGCAGUAACGAAGGAGACGACAUGGACGAAACCGAUCGAAAUCAUGACGCCCCUAGAGAAGGCUCUCGCGUCUCAGCCAUGGAAGGAAUAUUCCACCCCCGAAGGCCGGAAGUAUUACUACAAUCCCGAGUCGAAGCAGACUGUUUGGGAGAUGCCUGCGGAAUACCGAGAGGCACUCAAUUCUGCUCAGCUUCCUCCCAAACCAGCGCAGCCCCCUCCAGCCUUCGUCGCAGGCGGCAGCACUGCGCUUACCUCCUACUCAGCCUCUCGCGACAUCAGCACGCCGUUUGAUUUAAGAGCGCGAAAUGACGGCAUCCAACUGCCAAUCACAAAAGAGGUGGUGCCAGAUUAUUCUAGUUUCGAGGAGGCAGAAGCAGCCUUUAUGAAAUUGCUGCGCCGUGCCAAUGUUCAGCCUGAUUGGACAUGGGAGCAGACGAUGAAAGCGACUAUCAAGGAUCCUCAAUAUCGAGCGUUGAAAGACCCCAAGGACAGAAAGGCAGCAUUUGAGAAAUUUGCAGUCGAGGUUCGGCAACAAGAACGAGAAAAGGCCAAGGAGAGACUGGCUAAGCUACGCACAGAUUUCAGCAACAUGUUGAGAACGCAUCCAGAGAUUAAGCAUUACAGCCGGUGGAAGACAAUUCGGCCUAUCAUUGCAGGAGAAACUGUUUUUCGAUCUACCGACAGCGAAGAAGAGCGCAAGCAGUUGUUCGAGGAAUACAUUGUCGAGCUCAAGAAACAGCAUCUCGAGCGCCAAGCUGCGAACCGAAAGUCUGCGCUGGAUGACCUCGUAGCCAUACUCAAGGCUCUCGACCUGGAGCCAUACACCAGGUGGUCUCAGGCACAGGAAAUACUCGAGCAGAACGAAAGAAUCAAAAUCGAUGAGAGAUAUAAACUUCUGAGUAAGUCAGAUGUCUUGACGGUCUUUGAAAAUCAUAUCAAAUCACUGGAAAGAAGUUUCAAUGAUGCGCGUCAACAGCAGAAAGCCAGCCAAGCUCGGCGCGAACGACAAAACCGGGAUAAAUUCAUUGAACUACUACAGAGCUUGCGAAGCCAAGGCAAGAUCAAGGCCGGCACAAAAUGGAUGAACAUACUGCCAUCAAUUGAGGACGACCCCAGGUAUGUUGCAAUGCUGGGGCAGGCAGGGUCAACACCGUUGGACUUGUUUUGGGAUAUCCUCGAAGAAGAGGAACGAGCUCUUCGUGGGCGAAGAAAUGAUGUCUAUGAUGUUUUGGAGGACAAGCGCUAUGAAGUUACACCAAAGACUUCCUUCGACGAGUUUCUUGAUAUCAUGCAUACUGAUCGCAGGACAGCCAAUAUCGACCGAGACGCUCUUGAGCUCAUAUUCCAGCGUUUACAUGAAAAGGUUAUCAAGCGAAGUGAGGACGAAAAGCACGCUGCUGGUCGUCAUCAACGUCACGCGGUCGAUGCCCUCCGCUCGCGAAUCAAACACCUUGACCCUCCCGUUCGCAUCAACGAUAGCUGGGAGAUAGUCAAGCCUCGGGUGGAAAAGACUGCUGAAUAUCAAGCGCUCGAGAGCGAUGACUUGCGGAAGGCUGCGUAUGAGAAGGUUAUCAAGCGCCUGAAAGAAAAGGAAGAAGAUAUAGAGAGGGACCGGGAGCGCAGACACUCAAGACGUGAAGAAGAUCGUGACCGUCGCAACGGCCAUCGCGGGGAAGUCAGACAUGGACGACUGUCGAAAUCACCUGAACCGGACGCCUAUGAAGCCGACCGCCGCAAGGCCAUGGCUGCCAGGGAGAAACAGUAUCGCAAGACUAGCUCUCUAGGUUUGAGUCCGCCUCCCUCAUCUUACCGUGAGCGUGACAGGCGCGAAAGGGAUGAAAGGCACGGCCGUCUCGACCGUGACCGCACUCCACCCCCUCGUCACAUGAGCACCUAUGAACGCGAACGGCGCGAUCGCGAGGAGGAAAGAGAGCGCCUGUAUCGGUCCCGGGCGGAUCCUCGUAGCAGUCGAGACGAAUUGAACUAUGGCGAGGAAUCCAGAAGUGUGGCUGGAAGUGAGCGAAGACGGCGGCGAGGCGACGGUAGCGAUGCCGAAAGCGUCGAAAGUGGCCGUCGAAGUGCGAAACGGUCUCGACGUGAGACUGUUACCCCUCGAGACAAAGCUAAGAGCAAAACACCCGAGCCUGUCAAGGCAGAACAAGAGGCCGAGCCGAGUGGCGUGCACUCCGGCAGCGAGGAGGGAGAGAUAGAAGAAGACUAG